AUGGAACAGAAAGCCAGAUCUGUGGCAUUCCUCCUGGCAGCCACCUGUGUCUUCAGCAUCAUUGCCCUCAUACUGACUGUUGUAAAUGUGAAGGAUGUAUUUCUGCCUUCCAGUACCAAGUACGGCCUGGUGUUUGAUGCUGGCUCCACGCACACAGCUCUCUACAUCUACCAGUGGCCAGCAGACAAGGAGAAUGGCACAGGCAUCGUCAGCCAGGUGGAGGCCUGUGCUGUGUCUGGACCUGGCAUCUCCAGCUACGCAGACAGCCCUGCUCUGGCUGGGGCCAGCCUGAAGCCCUGCCUAGACAAGGCCAUGAUGACGGUCCCAGCAAAGCUGCAUCAGGAGACCCCCACGUACCUUGGGGCUACAGCGGGCAUGAGGCUGCUGAGGGAGCAGAACAGCACCAAAGCUGAGCGGGUCUUUGCCGAGGUCACCAAGACCAUUCGCCAGUACCCCGUGGACUUUCGUGGAGCUCAGAUCCUCACAGGGAAUGAGGAGGGCACCUUUGGCUGGAUCACUGUCAACUACCUUCUGGAGACGCUCGUCAAGUUCUCCUUUGCAGAGAAAUGGGAACAUCCACAAGGCACAGAGGUGCUGGGAGCUCUGGACCUUGGAGGUGCCUCUACACAAAUAACCUUCCAGCCUGGAAGUACCAUUGAGGACCAAAACACCUCCAUCCUCUUAAGGCUCUACAGCACCAACUACUCGCUCUACACYCACAGCUAUCUGUGCUAUGGACAGACACAGGCCUUGAAGAUGCUGCUGGCGGCUCUCCGUGAGGGCAGCUCUUCUCCCCAGCAGGUAACUCACCCCUGCUACCCGAAGGGAUACCAGGAAAACGUCACCACAGCAGCUCUCUACGACAGUCCCUGUGUCCCCAUGCCGAGCACACCGAGCCCUGCACAGGUCUUCACAGUGACAGGGACAGGAGACCCAGCAGCGUGCAAGACAGCCAUUGAGAAACUCUUCAACUUCAGCUGUGGGGCUCACAGGACGUGUGGGUUCAAUGGCAUUUAUCAGCCCCCUGUGCGGGGGCAGUUCUUUGCAUUUUCUGGGUUCUAUUAUACCUUCCACUUCCUGAACAUCACUGGUCAGCAGUCUCUAGGCCAUGUCAACUCCACCAUCUGGGCCUUCUGCAACAGUACUUGGAAAGAGCUGGUGGAGGAUUUCCCACAAGAGACAGAACGCCUGCACAUGUACUGCUCCAUUGCUGUUUACAUCCUGACACUGCUACUUGAUGGCUACAAGUUUGAUGAGCAUACAUGGAGCAGCAUCCACUUCAGCAAAAAGGCAGCAAACGUGGACAUCGGCUGGACUCUGGGUUUCAUGCUAAACCUCACCAACAUGAUCCCCACAGAAGCCCUGGUGCACGUCAAAGGGCAGCAGCCUGACCUCUGGGCAAGUGCCAUCUUCUUCAUUGUGCUGGCCACUGUCACGGGCUUGAUGGCCAUUUUUCUCCUGUGUUUCUGGAAACCCAAGUAGUUCCCUGGAUCUUGGUUAGGAAAUCCCUGCCCACUGAAACAGACAGGAAGAAGUGGUAUAAAAGAMGGUGGAAAAAGAUGAUGGCAUAAGUCCCUCUACAUUGCUCAGGAGGUCUAACUGGGUCAUCUCUCUAAACACCUCAAAGAUGUCAAAGUUAACAUGAGCUCUCUAUAUCCUUCCAUGAGGAAAAGAUUUCUGACUCCAUAAACUUCUUCAGUCUGGCUGACAAAGGCUGAGACUUAGUGGUCAGAAGAUGAAACUAGAUAAAUU